CCGUUUCCCCAUUCUGAGCAGGAAGUGAGUGGCGGCCGUUCAUGGUAUAAGAGCGCCCCCCGACGCCCGAGGGUCAACUCCGAUGCGCAUCAUGAAGGUUCUCGCUCUCCUCGCUCUCUUCGUCGGCGCCGCCCUCGGGAAGGCCACGAGAGGAAAUGCCGCAUUCACCUACACAUACAGCGAGCCGGGCUUAAACGGCUUCUACCAGCUCUUCACCGAUUAUGCGCCCGACCUCCUGAGCUCUAACUUCGACAACGCCAUCAGCAGCGUCUACCAGACCGGCAUGUGGCUGUACUACGAGAAUGUGCAGUUCAACCAGGCGUCAGGCAAAGUCUACUGGGUGCAUGGAAUCGAAAUCACUGUCGACUUCCCACUGGAAUAUUCGAAUAUGUGUUCUUCCCUCAAGUUCGUGGGCAGCGCGGAUUACAUGAACGUCGACACGUGGACCGUGUACGAGGGCCCCAUCUUCACGGGCAGCGAAUAUUACGGGGAAGCAGACGCCGCCAACCUGGGCUCCCUCACUGACCAGGGCUCCUCCAUUAUCUUGACGGGCACCAGUCCGUGGACCUUCUACGACGGCAACAACUGGACGGGAUCGAGUUUGUGUCUUUAUCCCAACACUGACCAAGAUGUGGGCUCCCAGGGCCAGGUCUUGAACUUUGGCAUCUACCCGAAAGUGCAGGACCUCGGCAUCACCGACAACACCAUCGGCUCCGUGCGCAAGGGCUGCUGGUCCAAGAACGUGGCCCGGGCCGAGCCGCUCAAGGCCGAGCACAGGGCCAGCAACGGCGCCUGGGGCAUCCUGGAGCCUUAGCUGGGGAUUCGUGGAGCCUCAGGAGCGGCUGUUGCGAGGCAGCUCCAGCUGGACCACCUGCAACAUUGCAUUACUUUGCGACACCUGACUGCUGCGUGAAGGAUCUGCUUAUUGUCACUGGAUUAGUGAAAAUGUAGACUUUAAGAAAUAAACAAUAAUAACCGUUUUAA